AUGAAUUCCUCUUCAGCACCCAGCUUCCUGCGUGCUUGUCGAGCCCAAUCAACACGCACAGUAGUCCUUCGAUCAUCAGCUGCGUCAACCACAAGAGCUCCAUUCAGCACGGAACGACAACUACGCCGAUGCCAGAGGCAGGCGGCACUUGAGCGUCGCACGCGCGUCUUCUCGACAAGCAGUGCCGCGUGGAACAAUCCGGGCGAAGAAAGACUCCGGCCCAGCAGCAACGAAACGGCCGAACAUGCCUCUCAUCCCGCGACCUCCACCGGCGCCUCGCAAGCGAAGACCGAAGAAGAGGCACCAAUGAUAUCUUCUUCCCAGCAGCAAGGUGCCAGUGCAGAAACCACAACCGCAACAGCGGCACCGCUCCAGGACAGAAGCCACACAGCCCUCCAACGGCGAGGAGAGGCUCUCGGAUCCAAGCGCAGGAGAAUGGAGGACCAUCACCCCAAGAACCUACAGCCCGAUUCCGCCGACUACAGAUACCGAGCAUGGAAAGGCGAGGACAAAGCAUUCGUCGAGAAGAGCUCCAAGCUGGUCGGCACCGUGACACGGACGGGGACAAUGCGCAAGACCGUCCGCGUGAGCCGCAACGUGCAGGUGUGGGACGCGCAUCUGCAAAAGCACUACACGCGGGCAUCGCACGCGCUGGUGCACGAUCCGGACGAGCUGCUGGUCGAGGGUGACGUCGUGUCCUAUGUGGCUGGGUUCCCGCCCAGCAUCGUGAAGGACCGGCUUGAGAAAGGACGGGCCGUGGAUGUGAAAGGGAAGGUCAACUCCACCGUGGUCGACGUCCUGACGCCGUUUGGUCGCACAAUGGCCGACAGGCUCUGGGCCAGGGUCGUUCCUGAUAUCACUGAGAUUGCCGAUCAGCUCGUCCGCCGCACCGACGCUCCUCGCGCCCCAUCCGCCGCCGCUGUUUAG